CUGUUCAUGUAAUGGAUUUUGGUGACCACUUUAAUAGCUUAUUCAGAUAUCAAGUUAUGAAUUACUAUGAUUUAGGGGACUUACUUGCAACUCAAGCAUUCAUUAAUUUAUUCUAGGGAGAGCUACAUGAUGGAGAACAGAGGACCUUAACUCUCAGAUGCAUUAUUGUCCCCCUUCUCCCAAUUUUUAUAUGUUUCUCGACCAACUUCUUGAUUUUCUUCUAAUAGCAAUAGGUGAUGUGAGAGGAAGAGGCAUGAUGUUUGGAGUUGAACUUGUUACUGAUCGCAAACUUAAAGCAACGGCAAAAGAUGAAACGCGGCAUGUGAUGGACAAAUGAAAGAAUUAGGAAUAGGAGUGCUGAUUGGAAAGGGUGGCUAUAAUGGAAAUGGAUUCUGAAUUACACCUCAUCUAUGCUUCACCAAAGAAGAUGCAGAUUUCCUGGUGGGUGCGAUGGAUGUACAUUAUCUAAAUAUCUAGAAUGUGAAACUUAAAUAAGAUAUCCAAGCAUAAGAGAAGAGAACGGAAAGCAUGGGUUCGGCAGCCAAAACAGUUUGCGUUACAGGGAGUACCGGUUUCAUCGGGUCAUGGCUUGUCAUGAGACUCAUGGAGCGCGGCUAUAUGGUUCGAGCCACCGUACAACGCGACCCAGAUAACAUGAAGAAGGUGAAGCAUUUGCUGGAACUGCCUGGUGCAAAGACCAACCUGACUAUAUGGAAUGCCGAUCUUACUGAAGAGGGAAGCUUUGAUGAAGCCAUCAAAGGGUGCUCCGGAGUUUUCCAUGUGGCCAGCCCCAUGGACUUCAAUUCCAAGGAUCCGGAGAAUGAAGUGAUCAAGCCUGCCAUAAAUGGAGUACUAGACAUCAUGAAAGCAUGUCUCAAGGCCAAAACUGUUCGCAGGUUGGUUUUCACAUCAUCAGCCGGCAUCCUUAGUGUUUCAGAACGCCAUAAGCAUAUGUUGGAUGAGACCUGCUGGGGUGACCUUGAGUUCUGCAAGAAAGUAAAGAUGACUGGCUGGAUGUAUUUUGUUUCAAAAGAACUAGCGGAGCAAGAAGCGUUGAAAUUUGCGAAAGAAAACAACAUAGACUUCGUCUCAAUCAUCCCAUCCCUUGUUGUUGGCCCCUUUCUAAUGCCCACAAUGCCACCUAGUCUAUAUACCGCUCUUUGUCCUAUCACCGGAAACGAGGCCCAUUAUAUGAUUAUGAAGCAAAGCCAAUUCGUCCAUGUGGAUGAUCUUUGUCUUGCUCAUAUUUUCCUCUUCGAGCACCCUGAAUCAGAAGGGAGGUAUAUGUGCAGUGCAUGUGAUGCUAAUAUCCAUGACAUUGCAAAAUUAAUUAACACAAAAUAUCCUGAGUACAAUGUUCCCACUAAGUUCAAGAAUAUUCCAGAUGAAUUGGAGCUUGUCAGAUUUUCAUCAAAGAAGAUCAAAGACAUGGGGUUCCAAUUUAAAUACACCUUAGAGGAUAUGUACACUGGAGCAAUCGACGCGUGCAGAGAAAAAGGGCUUCUUCCUAAAGCUGCAGAGACUCCAAGCAAUGGCAUAAUGGAGAAAUAAAUAAGCUUUGUUUAUGUCUUAAUUUGUGCCUGUGAUGGCAAUGGAUCUUCCAUUUCUUGUUCUGUUCUUGAUUGGAUAAGGUUAUGGACCUUCCUUUUCUAAUUCUGUUCUUGAUCAAGGUUUCUAUUCUUGAUUAAUUAAGAUUUCUGUAUCAGUGGUUUGUAAGUCCAGGUUGUCUUUCAAUUAAUGAAAGAGGGGUUAUAAAUUGCACAA